AUGAAGAGGGCUAUUGAGGAUGUAUGCGAUGAGUCCCAGGGGGUCAUUGCUGGGGACAAUAAAAUGAUUAAAAUUGAGGAUAUACCGGAGGACUAUAGGGAUAGACAUGUCCCUGCAUUUUCGGAUGCAAUGGAUUUUAUUUUAAAAAAGGAUAAUUCUUUGGUUCAUGUGUUUCUGAAAGCAGAUUUUGAACUAUUCAAGAAGUUUGAUAAGGGUUAUGGUGAACCUACAGAUGAUGCUAAAUUACAAAAUGCUUUUUCGAAGUUAGGUGGAGCUAUUGUUGGACAACAAAUUAGUAACUCCGCAGCUCGAUCCAUUAGAAUUAAAUUCAUGGCAUUAUUUGAUGGGAUGUUUCCCAUGUAUAAAGAAUUGAAGGAAUAUAUGACUAUACCGGAUAAUGUUAAGAAGAUGAGAGAGAGUGGAUUAAGUCAACGGAAAGUUACAUAUAUGGAAUCAUUAGCCAUAUAUUUUUCAGAUAAUGAAGAACGAUUGAAAAAGAUGUAUUAUCAUACUAACGAUAGGAAAGAUAAUAAUGAUGAUGAAAUUAUGAAUGAUCUUGUUGCUGGUGUGAAAGGUAUUGGACCAUGGACCGCUAAGAUGUUUUUAGUCUCUGGUCUUAGACGAAUAAAUGUCUUUGCUCCCGAGGAUGUUGGUGUAGCAAGAGGAUUUUCAAGAUACAUUUCAGAUAAACCGGAAUUAUUAAAAGAAUUAAUGGAUGGUAGAGAAUCUGUAAAGAAGAGUAAGAUAAAACAUAAAAAAUUUAAUUGGAAAGUUUAUGAUGUUGAUAUUAUGGAACGUUGUGCAGAUAGAUUUGCUCCUUAUAGAACAGUAUUUAUGUUUUUAUUAUGGCGAUUAUCAGGUACAGGUAAACUUGAUGUAACAAUAGAUGUAGAAAAUCAAUUUGUUAAUACAUUGUAA